UUCGUUUGGCGCAACCUCAGAAAAGGUCCUCACGUGAGUGCAGUGACAUUUACAUAACUCUGCCCAGGCGAAGAUCUGGCUUCGUUGCUUAUUGCCAUCGCUUUGGAGCUGCAUUGCCACAGAUGUUGUGAGACGGCUGUUGCAAUCCCGGUCUGAUCAAGGGCCGCAAAGACCCUGAAGUGUUCGCGAUCUCAUUUGGUAUAAUCGAUUUGCUUAUGCACGAGGAUGAAAACCGGGGCUUCUGGAACAAGUUUGCAUCUGGGAUGUCGUUUUCUACAUGUAGUGUGACCGACCUGGACCCCAUUCCCGCCUAUCCAUAUUGGAUUCGAUUCUGUCGUAUGCUUGGCCUGCAAUUAGCGUCUCAGAAAGAUGGCAAGUGUGAGUCUUGCCUUGGUCAACCGCCCGGUAUCGGUUACACUUACUUCCGAUCGGAUUGGGCUGCUGCGAUGCAGAAACAACUCUGCAUACCUGACCGCUAUCGGAAAUGAAGAUUUGAAGCGCAACCUCAGAGCACGGCAGACAGUUGCUCCCUCAAGACGCCUUGAAGAGAAAAAGGCGCUGGGCGGCAGAGUUGCCAGGAAGCAUUGGAACUGGAAUCCUUGGGGUUGAAAUGUGAUUUGUCAUGUUUGUCAAACUGUCAGAUCUGAGUAGGCUGCCAGUAGUGCUCGUUUCCCCGUGUCUCGCGCAUUUGUAUCAUGGUGGGACUCCUUCGGGCACAAGUGAUCAUCAUGGCUGGUGUUGCAGGACAGCCAGAACUGCCCAAACGGUACUUGCAACCACAGCAGUGGGGUGACGUGACAGGCGCCAGCUCUAGCCAAGGGAAUGUGAUCAAGUGUACCUGGGGAGUUCUGUGCAAAGGAGGUUUUGUCCACCAAGAUCCCCCUGAGCUGUGCGAAGGCGACUUCGAAUGUGUGCCUGACAAAGUACCUGCCGGAUCUCCCGUUCCUCUUCAGCCUUUGCCUUUGGAACCUGGACCCGUAGUACCUGCUCCAGCUGAAGGGCCUUCCAAAAAAAGUCUUUCAGGAGAUGCUUCAAUCUCUUCGAUGGGCAACAUGAGCACAAGGAAUGACACAAAGAGUUCAGUACCUCAGCCAGUUGCACAGCUGAGGGGCACUCACAGCUUGGGUGCUCAAAGCGGACCAAAACGCUUGAGCUCACGAGCCAAGGGCCAUGAGAUUUCUUGCCACUGCGGUGUUGCUUGCCAUUUGGGACAUAACGGCAGAGGAGAAGAAAUGAUUUGUAAGGGGCCCCUUGUUUGCAACUCCUGCAUGCCUAUGCAAAUGGGAGGUGCAGCAGUUGAUAUGCUUGAUGUACUGCAUGUUGACCCAGGAUCUACAUAAAGCCGUUGAGAUCAUGGUUGGACCAAGUGAUGUGAUUUCCAGUAAGCCUUCUAUGGUUAACGGUUUGAGGAUGUGGCAGCGUUGGAUGGCCCAACCCUGUUUCCAACCAAUGGCAUUGAUGUGCACCAGUACAGCAGCGAACCAUUUGUGUACAGGUCCUUCAUUUUGACUCCCGCUCGAUCCAGCGAGGUGGCCUGCCGCUUCAACCGCACGGAUGGCCAGUGGCUUCCAUGCCGUCGGACACCUGGAAAGCAGGCCUAUGCACUGAGCAGUUCAAGAGCAUGCUCAGAGGAUUCUGGACCCAGGCAUUUGUUUCAUAGAUCGGUGCCCAGCUAAUGAAAUUCCGACAAAUUAGUUAUUCCAAAUAAA